AACGUUCAUACUUCAUCAUGUCAUACCUUCGUCGUGUUUAUGUCAGACCCACAUGGAAAAUCCUUGAAAUCUGUGUUUUAUUAUUUUGAAAAAUUAAUAUUCGUUUCUUUUACGUUGUGUAACACAUUUAAACACAGAUGGCUUCAAUAACUAGUGUUGAUUUAGGAUUCUUAGAGGAAAAAGACAGUUGGCUUCUACAUCCUAAGUUUUUUCAAAGCAAAGUAGGAGGCAAACCAGCAUGGUUAGACUUGAAGAAUUUACCAAACCCACAAGAUUUACUUUGCAAAAAAUGUGAAAAUCCGAUGAUAUUCCUGUGCCAGAUUUAUGCAUCUUUAGAAGAAUCUGAUGAUACUUUUCACAGAACAAUAUUUUUGUUUGUCUGCCGAAAUGGGUCAUGCUGCCGCAUAAAUAGUUCUGAUAAUUUCACUGUAUUGCGCUGUCAGAUCCCGAGAAAAAAUGAUUUUUACUCUUUUAACCCAAGUGAGGAAGUAGAAAAUGAAGAUUUUCCUAUGAGUAACUGGCCCAACCUGUGUGAUCUUUGUGGUAUUAAAGCACCCUCACACUGUUCUAAAUGUAAGAAGACUUACUAUUGUACCCGCACUCAUCAAAUUUUAGACUGGCAAAAGGGGCACAAACAAAUCUGUGCCGAAAUACAGGCUUCAAAAACUCAUAAAGCAAACAACUUUAUAGUUACAAAUGCAGGAAAAUCAAUACUUUUCAAAGAAUGGGGACUUAUAGUUGAUGAAGAAGAUGAGGAGGAUCCAAAAGAUGUUGAUGUAAACCAAGAAAUGGACAAGUUGAGGAAGUUAAUGCAGGAGAAAAAGGCUGGCACAUUGAGCAAUGUUAGUGAAGAUGAAUUGGAUCAGUACACAAAAGAUGUUCCGGAUGACAAAGUUUUCAAUAAGUUUAGUAAAAGAGUAGCCCGACACCCAGACCAGGUGUUAAGGUAUGACAGAGGUGGUCAGCCAUUGUGGAUUACUGGAAAAACUACAGAAGCCAGUAUAACUGAUGUACCAAAAUGCCAAUACUGCAAUGGAGAAAGACAAUUUGAAUUUCAAAUAAUGCCACAACUAUUAAACUUCAUAGAUGUUGGGAUAGAGCUGAAUAGCAUUGAUUGGGGUGUACUUGUUGUGUAUACAUGCAAAUCAAGUUGCAGUCAGGGACCAGCAUACAAGCAAGAGUUUAUGAUAAAACAAGAUUUAUCUAAUGAACAAUCAUUUUAAUACUAUCAUAAUUAUAUGACUACAAUAAAGCUUUAUACAAAUAACA